CCGCCAGCCACUCCAAACACUUGCGCCGCCGCUGCCUCACAGGUAAGGCCGCCAUGGUCUCCGGUUCGGGCGUGUGCGCGAAGCGCAUCGUGGUCGACGCGCGCCACCACAUGCUGGGCCGUCUCUCCUCGAUCAUAGCCAAGGAGCUGCUCAAUGGGCAGAAGGUGGUCGUCGUCCGCUGCGAGGAGAUCUGCAUGUCGGGCGGCCUCGUCCGUCAGAAGAUGAAGUACCUCCGCUUCCUCCGCAAGCGGAUGAACACCAAGCCGUCCCACGGGCCCAUCCACUUCCGCGCCCCCGCCAAGAUCCUGUGGCGCACCAUCCGCGGGAUGAUUCCGCACAAGACCAAGAGGGGGGAGGCGGCUCUGGCGAGGCUCAAGACGUACGAGGGCGUCCCGCCGCCGUACGACAAGACCAAGCGUAUGGUCAUCCCUGACGCUCUUAAGGUUCUGAGGCUACAGCCUGGACACAAGUACUGCCUCCUCGGCGAGCUCUCUAAGGAGGUCGGGUGGAACUACCAUGACACCAUCAGGGAACUUGAGGAGAAGAGGAAGGAGAAGGCCAAGGUUGCCUACGAGAGGAAGAAGCAAUUGGCCAAGCUGCGUGUCAAGGCCGAGAAGGCAGCCGAGGAGAAGUUGGGGUCUCAGUUGGAGAUUCUUGCCCCUAUCAAGUACUGAGGAGCUGUGCUUUGUCAUCAGUUUUGGGGAACAUCUAGUCUUUGUUUUAAGUGUUCGGUAACAGUUUGUGACAGUAUAAUCUGGUAAACCGUGUUAUUUUUCUGCCACUCCUAUUUGAACACAUUUUCUAGCUGGUGAAUGAACUGUUUGGUCGAUCUUGUUCA